AUGAGGAAAGCGCAGGAUCGCCAGAAGAAGUACGCAGACCGUAAAAGGCGAGAAGUGGAAUUUGAAGUUGGAGACAUGGUGUAUUUGAAAGUUGCACCGCAAAAAGGGAAGGAUCGUUUUGGUAAAGUGGGAAAGCUUGCGGUAAGGUUUAUCGGACCCUACCGAAUCGAGAAAAGAGUUGGAGAAGUAGCCUACCGGCUAUCUAUGCCCGAGGUAAUGCGAUUGCAUAAAGUCUUCCACGUUUCACAACUACGGAAGCAUGUACCAGAUCCUAGCAUGAUUGUGGUUGAGCCUAUCAAAGAAUUGGAGCCAAAUCUCACAUACCCCAAAGGACCAUUUGGAAUAGGGCAAAGGAGAACCCGGAAGUUGAAAAACAGAAACAUCCCUCAAAUCCAAGUAUUUUGGGGAACGCAGAAUCGUAAGGUCACCACUUGGGAAGAUGAAGAUAGAAUUCGCGCCAAGUAUCCUCAGCUGUUCGUCGAAGAAGAUGAGGCAGGACCAUCGGAACCUUAUGGAAUUCGGGACGAAUUCUAUUAA